UACGUCACAAACUGACACACUACAUAGCCGUCAUCCGGGCGAACAAAAAGAAACUCAGAGCGAUGCCGGUAGGUGGAACGUGCAGCUUGUCUCAACACACAAAUGUCAACACGACCCAACCCAGACUCUGAACAUUAACCUUCUAUAGAUAGAUGCACAUACAGCUGAAAUCAAGACCCCCCCACAGAUACACACAGUCCUUGUGCCGGACCCCCAGGAAGGAAGAGGUCUGAGAGGCUGGUAAACAGUGGAUCUGUGUCCGACUCCACUGGGCAAGAGGUCACCCAGUAACCAGAGGUCAAACUGACCAGUGAGCCACCUCCACCAGCACCACCAUCCACCUCCACCAGCACCUCCUUCCACCUCCACCAGCACCUCCUUCCACAUCCACCAUCCACCACCAGCACCACCUCAGGGUAGCGGGGACGGGGGGGCCGACCCCGGCGCGGGAGCCUGUCUACGGAACAAGCAAGGCGGGCAGGAAGGCAGCGAUGCUGGCCAAGAUCCUGGAGCUGAUGUGGGUGGAGCCGGAGGUGCUGGAGGCCCUGAGCGAGGAGCAGAAGAGGAUUCUGUUCUUUAAGAUGCGGGAGGAGCAGGUUCGCCGCUGGACGGAGCGGGAGGGCAGGGGGGAGACGGAGGACAACAAGGACAACCACGACCACGGCGGCCCAAAGAAAGCCUCUACGAAGCAUGUGACCUGGCUGCUGGGCCGAGACGGUGACGUGAGAGUCAGCGUGAUCGGUGAGGAGGAUGAGUUCAGGUCCUCCAAACUCCUCCAGUCUCUGCUCAACAACAGAUAUCAUGAUGCCUGCAUGGUCGAUGUCCAGCCAGCCGCCUCGUUCCCCCCGAGAGUGACCGACCUACAAGGCCGUAGGCCUGGUACAGCGGGGGCCCUAGCUAAGAGCCGGUCUCUGGACCAGGGGCUGGGGUCCCGGAGCAGCGUGGAGGAGCGCGCAGACGCCAGCGCCCCGGAGGACGACAGCGACUGUGAGCCCACCGCUGCCGCUGGCGGUGGCGACUACCUCGACCGCGAUGGGGCCCCUCUCCGCCAGCCCGGGCUCCGUAACCACGGCAACCGCCCGCCACCGCUGCGGGCGCAGUCGCUAGACGCAGGCAGGACGCUGGACGGAGAGGCGCCGGGCGGCCUGGAGGAGGAGCCGGAGUUCGGAGCCCGCGUGGCCGAGUCGAAAAGGACCUCCGCACCCGGGACCACGGUGUCCUCCAAGCCCGCAGUACCGGUCAAACCUCCCCACCUGCAGCCAGGCAACCGCUCUGUCCCCCGACCAGUACCUGAGGGCAUCACCGCUAGCUAGCUGGUUAGCUGGCUCCAUUCAAUGUCUAUGUGCUGUGUUAGCAUUUCACUGUAGCGCACAGCAAGUCCACCAUGGCAACAGAGCAGAAAAGAAUGCACGGAUGUUGCUGAGGGUUGGAGGGUCAUUCCUCGGAGCGGAUGGAGGUCCAGUGACGGCCAUGAGCUUGUUCGAGGACCCCUCCUCGAGUGAGGGCGACGGGAGACGGAUGGACAUCAGAGAGGGGGAGAGCUGCAGGACUCCCCUGGAAGAUGGAACACAAACACUGAAGCUGCUUGAAAAUGAACCGAUGGAUGUUUUUUUUAAUAUUUAUAUAUAUUUACAAUCGCAGGAUAUUCUUAAAUAUAUCAACGGCCUGUUUUGUCUUCAUUUUUAAGAUGUCCACCAUGCACUAUUGAAUUGAAGAAUAUAAUAAAAUGGAUCAUUUCUAUAUAUUUUUUAUAAAUCAAUGUAUUUUGGUACUUUCCAUUCUGAAUGUACAAACUGUUUCUGUAUGUCUGUGCUAACUCUGCAAUCUCGUGGCCUUUUUAUCAGUGUAUAUUUUCACUGUCUCUAUAUGAUUACUUUGGGGGGGGGGGUGGUGGUGGUAUGUCUUAAAGUACGUUCGUAAUAAAUCAGACUUCCAAAAAUU